CGGACUGCUACAGCAACUGCACUCAAUCUCCGUCCGUUUCCUGUCCAAUAUGGCAACCAGGUGGGGAAUCUGUAGCGCUGGAAGGAUCAGUCAUGACUUCACUGUGGCCCUGAAAAGUCUUCCUCCUGAAGACCAUCAGGUGGUGGCUGUGGCAGCUCGCACAUUAGACGAUGCACAGGGGUUUGCUAAAAAGCACAGCAUCUCCCGCGCAUACGGCAGCUAUGAUGAGCUGGCCAAGGAUCCAGACAUAGAUGUGGUGUAUGUUGGAGUUAUCCACCCUUACCAUCUGGUCACUUGUCUGCUCUUUACGAACGCCAAGAAGAAUGUGCUGUGUGAGAAGCCGCUGGCCAUGAACACCAAGGAGGUGAAGGAGAUCCUGGCCUCUGCCAAGAGGAACGACGUCUUCCUCAUGGAGGCUGUCUGGACCCGAUUCUUUCCAGCCUCAGUGGAGAUCAGACGCCUGCUGGCCCAGGGGGAGGUGGGAGAGGUGAAGAUGGUGAGAUCGGACUUUGGGGUGCCGUUGAUGCACUUGCCAAGAACGACACAGAAGGAGCUUGGCGGGGGCACAAUGCUAGAUAUUGGCAUCUACUGCCUGCAGUUCACAUGCAUGGUGUAUAAUGGAGAGAAGCCAGAGUGCAUCCAGGCCAUGGGGACCUGCCAGGAAACAGGGGUGGAUGAGACUGUAGUUGUCACUCUAAAGUUCUCCAACAACAGGAUGGCAGUGUUUACUUCCUCUUCGCGUGUACAGCUGCCCAAUGAUGCCAUUAUUUGUGGUACAAAGGGCACCAUCAGGAUCCCUGCCCAUAUGUGGUGCCCCACAUCAUUAGUGGUGAAUGGGAAGGUGACUGAGUACCCAGUGCCAGAACCCUAUUUGCCUCUCAACUUCCUCAACAGUACAGGGAUGCGUUACGAAGCAGAGGAGGUUCGACAGUGUUUACUUAAAGGGCUGAAAGAGAGUGCAGUUAUCUCCCAUGCGGACUCUCUUCUGCUGGCUGAGUUGGAGGAUGAGAUUCGCAGGCAGGUGGGGGUGGUGUACAGCCAGGACUGCCAGUAAAUGAACAUGAAGGUGGAUCAUUUCCCCUAGAUAAAUACAAGUUUGUAAUGGAAAAUAAAUGGUUCUCUAGGUUUUAA